UCUUGGACUUUGGAAAAUUGUGGCAAAGUUCCAGAGCAACCCACAGGAGAGCUUCUCUGCAAAUUUCGAGGUCAAAGAAUAUGUGCUCCCCAGCUUUGAGGUCAAGCUCUCUUCCCUGAGACCUUUCUUCUACGUAGACAGUGAGACUUUGGAAAUUAACAUUAGAGCCAGGUAUCUUUUUGGUCAAGAAGUGAAUGGGAAUGCCUAUGUAGUGUUUGGGAUCAUCGACCAAGGCCAGAAGAAGAGCCUCCCUGACUCUCUAUCUCAAGUUCCGAUUGAGAACGGAGAAGGAAACGUUGUGUUGAAGAGGGAACAGAUCACAAAAACCUUUCCAGAUAUCAAUCAGCUUGUGGGCUCCUCCAUCUUUGUUUCUGUUAGCGUGCUGACAGACAGUGGCAGUGAGAUGGUGGAGGCAGAGCUCAGAGGCAUCCAAGUCGUAACAUCUCCUUACACCAUCACGUUUAAAAAAACUCCAAAAUAUUUUAAACCUGGGAUGCCCUUUGAUGUGGUGGUUGAAGUUUUAAAUCCAGAUGAAAGUCCAGCAGAAAACAUCCCAGUGGUUGUAACACCUGGUCAUGUAAGAGGCUUUACUGCAGCCAAGGGCAUGGCGAGGCUGACCAUCAAUAUAGUAACACAGGAUCAUGGACAACUAAUCAUUGCAAAGACUGACGAUCCAAACACUUCACUUGAAAGACAAGCUGAAGCCACAAUGGAGGCAAAGCAAUACACUACUAACAGCAGGACCUACAUCCAAAUUGGUAUAGACACACCUGAAGUCAAAUUAGGUGAUAACCUGAAAAUCAACCUAAUUCUGAACAAGCCGACAAGUGGAAGCAAAGACAUCACUUAUCUGAUCACAAGCAGAGGUCAACUGGUGCAAUUUGGACGCUAUAAAACAAUAGGCCAAGUGUUGAUCUCCCUUAUAGUUCCCGUUACCAAAGAGAUGCUCCCAUCUUUCCGGAUCGUUGCCUUCUACCAUCCCAGCGAUAAUGAAGUGGUGUCAGACUCCGUUUGGGUGGAUGUUAAAGAUUCGUGCAUAGGCUCGCUGAAAUUAGAGCCAAGAGGACCUGCUGCUGUCUAUGAGCCCCGUGACGGGUUUGGUUUAAAGGUCUCUGGAGUUCCAGGUGCCACCGUGGGACUGGUGGCUGUAAACAAAGGUGUUUACGUCCUAAACAGCAAACGCCGGCUCACACAGAAAAAAAUUUGGGAUGAAGUGGAGAAGUAUGACACUGGCUGCACUCCUGGUGGAGGGAAGGAUGGCUUGAGUGUGUUCUAUGAUGCUGGGCUGUUAUUUGAGUCCAGUACUGCAUCAGGAACAGCUUACAGACAAGGUAAGCACAAUUUUCCUAUGUCAGUGAACAUUUUAUGCAAAGUAAAGUCACUUGAGAUUCAAAAUCUUGAAUUGUUUCAAGUUUGAAGGUUGAUACAACUC